UGCUCUAUAACCGAUUCUGAGUGUGCCUAUUUUCCAAAACGUCAUUUAACUUUACACGUAAUAAAUCGUCUUCAUCUGGGAGCAUUUUCUGUCGAGAAGAAAAGAUCUGUUUGGUUAUGGAAAAAUGGUGGUGAAUGUGAAGAUUGGAGAUGAGAAACACAAUCUCAGUGAGCUGCUGGACUGGCUCAACCAUAUACUGCAUGCCACUUUCAGCCAGUUGGAGCACACCUGUUCAGGUGCUGCUUUUUGUCGGUUGAUGGACAUCAUUCACCCUGGAUCUAUCGACAUAAAUAAAGUGAAGUUCACAGCAAAAGAGAAUGCAGACAUCUUGGAUAAUUACAGUCUUCUACAGGAAGCUUUCAGCAAGGCACAAAUCAAGAAAGAACUGGAGCUGAAAUUGUUGGUGAAUGGAGACAUCCUGAAAACAUUAGAUUUGCUUACAUGGUUCAAAGAUCUUUAUGAUCACAAUGUUGCAAAGCAGAAGUACAACCCUCAGGAGGGUUUUGUUGAACAGGAAGUAGUAUCAUUGAAAUCAAGCAGAGAGUUUGAAAUCUCUAAGAAGGAAGAACAAUCUUCAAGACUCUACAGUCCUGUGCAAACAAAGUAUCUAAACCAGAAAAUGCUAAAUGUUAAGAGGGGAUCACAGGAGUCUUUCUUCCGGAGUCCGGCCACAAUGUGUUUCAUCAGAAAGUAUAGCUCAUCUACCUCACCUGAUGCUGGAUCAAACUUUGCCAGUAGCAAGGACAGUCUAGUAUUAGGCCAGAAAUGUCGGGAAGACAUUACAGCCUUCUGUAGUCAGACUCCAUACUGCCUUUAUUUAUACCAUGGAGUGGAGCUUGAGGAUGAGAACAAGGCCAGUGUGCUGCUGUUGGGCUUUUUUGACAAAGUUACUGGGGAAAACAAAUUCAGACUGCUUGAUGUUCUUCAUCCAGAGGAAGAGACUGCUGAUGCCAUCUGUACCUGCAUAGUGGAGAUGCUGAAGAAGUUCAGAAUACCUCUAAUAAACAUGGCAAUAUUUUAUUCAAAUUUCCCAGAUCAUGAAGGUCUUCUCUCAGGUCUAAAGUUGCUGAAACCUGAGAUUGUGUCUUUAUGUGGACUUACAGAUAUGGCAGAAGUGUUUCACAGUGGUGUUGAGAAUAUGGAGUUUUCUGGCCUGAUUCUGAAUCUCAUCACAGAGAUCUACAAACACUUUCCAACUUUCCCAGCUGCUCUACAAACUUUCCUUGAAGAUGUUGAUUGUUCGAACUUCAGAAAUAUCCUGACGUCCCAAUGCUCUCUCUUCUGGAGAAUCAUCCAGAAAAUUACUUUAGCUUGGUCAGACCUUGAGAAAUACUUUGGAUCUCUGGAUGCAGAUGAAAAAUCAAUCUGUCGUCUUCUUAGUGACCCCAAAAUAAGACUCAACGUCCUCUUUCUUUGCCACGCUUUGCAACCGCUUUGCGAUUUUCAGGAGAAUAUUGACCGAGGUGUCAGCGUGACACAGCUGCUUCAAGAUGCUUCUCAAUUAGUGAGAUUCUACACAACACGUUUCCUCAGACCUAAAGCAGCAGAGUUUUUUCUUAGAAGAGGCAAGACCUCGCUUAUACAGGACACAGUGGGACAUUUACCUAGAGGAGAGGUUGAAGUUGGCAAACAGGCUGCUGAUUUUCUCCUGCAACGCUCUGAAGAGUUGACGGACUGCUUGGAGACAUUCCACAGUUCCAUCAUCUCCUUCUACGCGACUGUAACUGUUAAUAUUAUUGAACGUUUACCCUUCUCAGAUUCUAUUCUGAGAAACUUGUCAUUAGUGUUGAGUCCAGGAAAAAAGCUUGAGGUGACUGGCAAAAUAGUCCAAGAUUUAGGUGUCUGUUUUGGAGUUUGCUCAGGCCCUGAGAAUGUCAGUUUACUCACAGAUGAGUUUUUGGAGUACCAGUUCAUUGAUGGGGGUGACACACAACUAGCCGACCAGUCAAUGGAGCAGUACUGGAAGACGGAGCUGAGGAUUAUGGGAAGGACAUCUGGUUUUGGGAAAUUAAUCAUUAGCUUGUUGGCUUUGCCCAGAACGUUGAAAAAAGAGAUCAUUUUUGAACAGAUGUUUCAACAAACUGACUAUCUCAAGGAGAGGAAAAUGGAGGACUUUGAGGAGAAGGACAUGGCUGAGGACGAUGUUACAGACAGCAGUUCAUAUAAAAGUGCUCCAUCACAUCUCAGCCCAGAGACUCAAGGGAGCGUUAUGUCCGAUAUCAUUGACUUAACGGAAAUGGAUGACAUGGCACCAAUAUACGUGGAGGACAUUGCACCAAUGGAAGUGGAUGAAAUUGUGCCAAUCUCUUCUGAUUCAGACACAGAAAGCCAAAAUAACACAGAAGGGGAUUAUCCGUAUGUGUCUGUGAUCCUAGAUGAUGAUGAGGAUGAUGAAAUCACUGAUGAUGAUGACGAUUACAACUGUGAUGCCAAUGAUGUCACAUGGAAUUAUGCGAAAAGAAAAGAAAAUACGUCUUCUACACAAAACAAUGAGAAAACCGAAUACCAGGAUGGUUACACAGUGGGUGAGAUGGUUUGGGGGCCGAUUGAGGGCUUUGGUCUUUGGCCUGGACUGGUUCAGAGCUGGGACAGCAAGAGGCCUUGUGGCUCCAUGCGUAAAGUGAUUUUCUUUGGGAACAGGAUGCUAUCAGAGGUCCAAGCAGACGAUCUCCUGCCCUUUGUUUCAUUUGCCAAGUGCUUCUGUUCUAAUUCCUUCGCUACAGUAAUGGCGUACAAAGAUGCAAUUUUUAAUUCUCUGCAGGUGGCCUCCAGACGCAGUCGAAUGUUUUUUUCUCCUGAGACAGACUCUAAGGAUGAACUGCUUAGAGUCAUGUUGGACUGGGCCUUUGGAGGCUUUGAACCAUUGGGUCCAGAAGGACUUCAACCUCAAUCAGAAUGCAAUGACAAGAUUUGUAUGCCUCAAUCAGUGAAUAGGAACAUGAGAAAGCACAAAGACUCUAAAGGAAAGUUAUUUAAAUUAACUGUGUCUCUCAGUAAACUCCCUGAAUCCCUGGACCUGCACAGUGGCUCGAUAGACCUUGGGACAACCGAUGUUUAUAGAAAAAGCAUGUAUUCAGAAUUGAAUCAGAGAUCCUGGCAGACUGUGAAGACCCGUAGAAAACAAAAACCACAGCGGAAUAAGCAUCAAAAUAUUACCCCAAGCGUACAUAUCGAGUCCAGACAGAACAGCCAAAAAAGACAUCAAAUGGUGCAUGAAUUUCUGGAAAACAAGAGAAACAUUCAAGAGUUCUGCUUAUCAUGUGGGAGUACGCCUGUCGAAAUCAUCCACCCACUAUUCGAAGGAAUGCUGUGUUCAAACUGCAAGUAUAAUUUCACGGAGACGCUGUACAGAUAUGAUGAAGAUGGUUAUCAGUCGUACUGCACCGUCUGCUGUUCUGGCAUGGAGGUCAUUCUGUGUGGCCAUGACAACUGUUGUCGCUCCUACUGUGUGGACUGUCUGGAUAUCCUGGUGGGUGAGGGCACAUUUGACCAGCUGAAAAAUGUAGACCCAUGGACGUGUUACCUGUGUGCACCUGAGAGCAGCUCUCGAGCUUUGAAGCCCAGGAAUGACUGGAGCAUCCGAGUGCAGGAAUUCUUUGCCAACAACAGCGCUAUGGAGUUUGAGCCCCAUCGUGUUUACCCAUCAAUCCCUGCUAACCAGCGACGUCCAAUCAGAGUGCUUUCUUUAUUUGAUGGUAUAGCCACAGGAUACCUUGUCUUGAGGGAUCUUGGCUUCAAAGUGGAAAAAUAUGUGGCCUCAGAAGUUGAUGAAGAGUCCAUUACCAUUUCCAUGGUCAACCAUGAUGGAAAAAUCACUCAUGUGGAAGAUGUUAAAAACAUUACGAAACAGCAUAUUGACAGAUGGGGCCCGUUUGAUCUUCUCAUUGGUGGAAGUCCUUGUAAUGACUUGUCCAUAGUCAAUCCUGCCCGGAAAGGCUUGUUUGAGGGCACAGGGCGGCUCUUUUUUGAAUAUUAUCGGCUUCUGAAUGUUAUGAAGCCGAAGGAGGAUGACUCACAGCCGUUCUUCUGGCUGUUUGAGAACGUGGUGUUCAUGCAAACCCAGGUUAAAGCUGACAUUUGCCGCUUUCUGGAAUGUAACCCUGUGCUUGUUGAUGCUGUGAAAGUGAGUCCAGCUCACAGAGCAAGAUACUUCUGGGGGAACAUACCUGGCAUGAACAGACCAAUCAUAGCAUCUCAGAAUGAUAAACUCCGGCUUCAGGAAUGUCUGGAGCCUGGCCGCACUGCAAAGUAUGAAAAAGUUCGCACUAUCACCACACGACCAAACUCACUGAAGCAGGGCGCCAAUGACGCACAUUUCCCCAUCACCAUGAAUGGAAAAGAUGACAAUAUAUGGAUCACAGAAAUGGAGAAAAUAUUUGGAUUUCCGAAGCAUUACACGGAUGUGAAAAAUAUGGGGCGUUUACAGAGGCAGAGAGUGCUGGGGAAGUCCUGGAGCGUCCCGGUCAUAAGACAUCUUUUAGCACCACUGAAGGAUUACUUUGCUUGUGACGAGGUCCCCUUGAAAUGAACAGACAUGAUUUAUCUUUUUCUGUCAGUGUGAAUAGACUCAGGGACAUGAGAAUUUGUUGCUUUUAAUGGUUUUACCCUUAUUUUUUAAACUAAAAUAUGACUACCCGAAGAAUUGUUUGGAAUAAUGUAUGCUGGGAAACUAUAGAAGGUUGAUUCCAUUUUAUUGAAUGUUGCAUCAAGUCACGUCACUAAAAAAAAGUCAUUUUCUCAAUUUGCAGUCAUGUUUAGCUACAAAUGGAGUAACAAAUUUGAUGUGGGAUUGAGCAAAAUGAAUAAACAUGAUGAGCAAAAUGAAUGUGCAAUGCUCUGUGAAGUACCAAAAUUACUACUGUCUAAGG